AUGGCCUUGGAUGGUGAUCUCAUAGUUUUGGUAUGUUUUGAGUCAUUUUGAGCACCUUAAUUUUGUAUAACACUAACUUUAUUGUAAAAUUAUAGUAAGCAUUUGUCAUCCAAAAAUAAAUUGGUAUAAAUUUUCAGUUCCACUCAUUUUUGUCGGCAUUCUGCACACUUGUUGCGUUAUUCGGUCUCUGGGACAUAUUCUUGGCCACCUAUGAAGAGUUUCUGAUCUCAAUUUUCUGCUUGGUCAUCAUAAUCGAAGUCAUCAUCGGCGGAUUUAUUUUGGUUUUCAAUCGUAGAGAAUGCCAAUUAAGAGACAGCAUCACAUUUUAUGUAAGUUUGGCGAACAUUUUUUUGUAACAACUAAAAAAUCUUUAUUUUUUUGAUUUUUUAUAAUAUUAAUCGUAAAAUUUGUUAAUAACAAGCCGAAGUAAGUCAUUAACGGCGUAUUUUACAGUUAGGUCCAUUGUUAAUUUGCUCAGCGGUUAUUAAUCUAACCAGUUCUUUGGUGAUCACCUUCUUUAUCUUCAAAAUGUCAUCAGAUUCCGAGGCUUUACUUCAAAUAAUCAAAAUCGGAUAUGGCUCUCCAUGGUACACAAAGAUUACUGGGGCUUGGGAUAGACUUCAAGAAAAUGUAAGUGAAUUUUUCCCCGCGUAAAUUCACCUUUUUCAGUUCAACAUUAGUAUUUUUUGCAUAAAAAAUUUAAUUUUCAGAAUGGCUGCUGUGGAAUUUACGGGCCAAAAGACUAUCGAGAAACUGACUGGUACAUCCAUCAGCACACAUUCCCUCCUCUCAGGACUCCAGAAUCUUGUUCUGCAAGUGUUAUAGUAAGUAUCAACACUUUGUAUGGAUAACUUUAUAUAAUUUUAGGGUUGCUACCCUUCGCUCAGAUCUCAAACCCUCUGGAUGGGCAGUCUCUUCUCUCUAGUGACGUCAUUCAGCACAAUAAUCAAAGUUCGUAUCUUCAAGAGUAUUUUAUACGAAAAUAAUCCUCGAUUCCGCCUUCAAGCCGACAGUUUUUCCGCGUAA